AACUAUCGAAAAGCUGUCAUCUCUAAUUCGCGCACCAACUGCUGAGUUUUUCUGGAAUUAUUAUUAAAAUAAACCAAAUUACAAGAUGUUGGGUCGCAGCAGUGUGAUUGCACGUAACUUUUCCCAGUCGAUGGUUCGCAUGGGCGGACACGGUGGAGUUCCCGGCGAGAACUUGCCCUUCGGUCUGACGAACAAGUACAGGAUCACCGCCCUGUUCACCAUCGGCUGUGUUUUGGGUUUCGGAUCGCCCUUCCUGAUCGUCAGGCACCAGCUGCUGAAGAAGUAAGGUGCUCCCCAGGCGACAGCAACAAUAAAUGUAAGAUGUAGCGUUAACUUGUGAGGUUGCCGGGAGGCCAUUUCAAUGUGUUACACCUUAAAUUUAAGCGAAAAGUGGAAACGAAAUAAAGUUAUCCGAAACCGUA